CCGUUCCCGCCGUGCUGCGCGCAGCCAGAGCCAGCCCCGGAAGGCGGCGGCAGCGGGUGAGGCCCGGGGCCGCGGUGAGGGGCGGCGGGGAGAGCGGCCUUGGAACACAAUGACUGCUUUGGAUGAUAAACUGCUUGGUGAGAAGCUCCAGUAUUAUUACAGCAGCAGUGAGGGCGAGGAUGAAGACAGUGACAAAGAAGAUAAAGAAGGGGAGAGCACCAUUCCUGAGAGCGGUGGGGAGGUAGAGCUCAGCAGCGAUGGCAGUGCAGUCAACACAGGUCCCAAAGGAGUCAUUAAUGACUGGCGGAGAUUUAAACAACUGGAAACGGAACAGCGGCAGGAGCAGCGCAGGGAAAUGGAGCGACUCAUAAAGAAGUUAUCUAUGACGUGUAGGUCUCACUUAGAUGAAGAGACUGAGAAGCAGAAGCAGAAAGAGCUUCAGGAAAAACUCAAUGGAAAGAUGACAUUACAAGAAUAUAACAUGAUUCACAAUGAUGAAGACGACGAGGAGUUUUUGCAGCGAUACAGGAAGCAGCGGAUGGAGGAGAUGAGGCAGCAGUUGUACAGUGGUCAGCAAUUUAAACAGGUUUUUGAGAUCACCAGUGGGGAAGCGUUCCUGGACACGGUUGAUAAAGAGCAUAAGAGCACACUGAUCAUGAUCCAUAUUUACGAAGAUGAUAUCCCUGGCACCGAGUCCCUGAACGGCUGUAUGAUCUGUCUGGCUGCUGAGUAUCCAACAGUUAAGUUUUGCAGAGUAAAGAGUUCUCUCAUUGGGGCUAGCACUCGCUUCACUAACAACGCGCUGCCCGCUCUGCUCGUCUAUAAGGCAGGUGAGCUCAUCGGCAAUUUCGUGCGCAUCACUGACCAGCUUGGGGAAGAUUUUUUUGCCGUAGACCUGGAGGCUUUUCUGCAGGAGUGCAGUUUGCUUCCAGAAAAAGACCUGGUGCUCCUGACUUCUAUACAUAAUCCAACUGCAACUUACAGUGAAGACAGUGAUCUGGAAAUAGACUGAACUGCUUGUUCCAAGGGCGAGUAGGUGUAGUUGUACAGUGGGAUGCUCAUGUGCUAGGUAGGGAUUGUUCUGUUUCUUCCAUAGUGCAGGUAUGUUUUCUUCCCUCUCAUGCACUUCAACUUUUGCUUGUUAAAAAUUAUGUAAAGAAUCCCUAAGAUUUUCUUCAGUUCAGUGAAGUACACUUAACAUAGUCUUGCUUUUAUGCAGUGCAAGUGUAUUUUACUAACCAUGAAGUUCUAACACGAUUCAGUAAGUUUAGGAGAUUGUGUAGUGUCACCUCUGUUCCCCACAUCACUUGUGUCCAGGGCUGGGGAAUCCACCGCUCCCCUGGGGAGAUAAUUCCAAGGACUAAUUAUUCUCAUUGUGAAAAAUUUCCCUCUUGUAUCCAGUCAGAAUUUCCCCAGGAAUAACUUGUGCCCAUUGCCCUAAUUCCAUUACUGCUACCGAAUGUGCACUGCCCUCCUGCAGCACCUUUGUCAUUACCAUUUCUCAGCGAUAACGUUUCCAUGAAGGCGUGUUUGUUUGUUUGGUUUGGCCUCUACAUCCUUCAUAAAUCAGAGCAUAAUAUGGGGAAGUAAUUUCAGGGUUUCUGUUACAUUAAAGCUCACCCUGCCUCUAGCAGUGCUGCUGCUGCAUAGCUGCAAGAUAACCUGGGCAGCAUGAGAAGCCGUUAGCAAUUUAUAGCAACUGCAGGCAUGAGCACCUUGUAGUUAAGGCUUUACUCAAAGCUUUACUGGCUGGGUUAUGGUGUGGCUGAACUGCUCAAACCAUGCACCUUGCACACAUCAGAACGCUGAACGGGUGUGCUCUGCACUUAGUUGUUACUGAAUCCUUUUCUGUGUACUUAAUUUGACAUUACAACACAUUUGCUUUCUCAUGCAUUACUUACUGUGCUUGUUAUCUUUUCAUUCUGAGGAAAGUAGACUUAUCAUUACCUAAACACGACCCAACAUAAUGCCCUGUUUAAUGAUUAAAUUUAAUUGCAAGUUUUACAUAAGGCAGUUUGGAACACCAGGAAGAAAUGCAAAUGUCUCCGUGCAAGCACUAGGCUCUUAAUAAGAAUGAAUCUUAGGGUAGAAAAAGAGGAAUUUGGAACUGUGUCUGUUUGAACUGUGUUUUAAAAAGUAGCAUUAGGAGAAGAAAAAAUAAUUUGUAAUUAAAAAUUACCGACUUGGCACAAAUUGUAGCUGUUUUAAGGAAACUGGCAGAAAUCCAGAUUUUCCAAUGUGCUAAGAGAUUAGUUCUUUUCAUCUCAGAAUCACGGAAAAAUAACCCAUGAAAGUUAUGUGAAAUUAAAUCAGUGAACAUGGAUAUCAGUGCAUUUAAGGGAAAAAAAGCUGUAAUUUAUAUUCAGGAGGAGAUUCAGUGAAGUCUGCCAUGCAGAGAGGGUGCAUGUUAGCAGCAUCAUCCAACCUGGCUUGGAGCAGGGCUCAGGGAGCGCUGACUGCUCGAGUUGCUUUGAAGCUUUGUUUUGUAUAAAGUGCUUCUUUUUUUUGCCCUUAUGGCAGCAAAACUGGAACAGGUCAAAACCUCUCCUGCUGCUCGGUCCGGUGGCCUGCAGCAAGGUGACUCCUGGUUAUUACUCUGCAGUACACAGGUAUAGCAUGGAUGAUUUACAGGGCUGGUAGAGAAAAGGAAACGAAAAGAGGUCUGAAUGCAAUUAAUCAUUGAGUAUAAUAAGCAGAAGGGAAAGGGGGGCAGAGAGAAGAUGUGGUGCAGCACUGCUUCUCGUUCUUGGCACAGGCAGCGUUGCUGCUGCUCCUCUUGGCUAUUCUUGCAGUUAAACCCUUCCCAACUGGUAAUUGCGUGCCCUAAAAUAACAGCACUUUUCAUGUGCAUUAAACAAUAGAACAGAAGUAGUUUACAAUAGGGUAGUGACUAAUUUGUGUCUGUCCCCUGUCCAUUCAGUACAAAUAAAAACUACAACUCAUACCAGUGCUGUGGCUGUAUGUGGGUUGAAGUGUUAAAGUCUGCUUAAUUUCUCUAAUUUUCAAUGUGAUCCUGACCUGCAGAUGAAGAAUUGGGGUGUAUUUAUAUAUACCUAUGGGGAACUAAAGUGAAAAUGAAAUUGCAUUAAUAUCUACAUAAAAUAAUCCUGUUUUGAAACACGCAGUUUGGCAUUUGAGCAAGUGAGGUUUGUGGUUUGAUGCAGGUGCCUGUCCUUCCACCAAAGCUGUUGUACCGUCACCAUCAGAUCUUCACUUAAAUCAGUGCAUUCCUACUCAAUGGUUUGGUUUUGAAUAAAGGAUGCUUUUUAAUUUUGCCAAA